UUCAGAGAAUUCAAGUUUGCUCACACGAUGAUGUUUGCAGUAGAUGAGAUAAACAGAGACCCAGACAUUCUCCCUGGAGUUACACUGGGAUACAAGAUUUACAACGAUUGUGGAUCCACAAACAUUCUAAGAGCUGCGAUGACAUUAGUAAGUGGUGUGGAACAGUCAGAAACAGAAGCAAGUUGUCCUAAGCCUCAAACAGUCCAGGCCAUUAUUGGACACUCUGGAUCAACACCAACAAUGAGCAUUGCAAGGAUCGUUGGAAGAUUUAAUAUCCCGGUGAUCAGUCAUUUUGCUACAUGUGCUUGCUUGAGCAAUAGAAAGGAGUACCCGUCCUUCUUCAGAACUAUUCCCAGUGAUUACUACCAGAGCAGAGCACUGGCUCAGUUGGUCAGACAGUUUGGCUGGACAUGGGUGGGUGCUUUAAGCAAUAAAAAUGAUUAUGGAGUGAAUGGGAUAACCACUUUUAUUAAGGCUGCUCAUGAGGAGGGGGUUUGCAUCGAGUACUCAGAAGCCUUUGAAAGUACCAGUCCAUACCAUGAAAUACUGAGAAUUGUGAAUGUUAUCAGAAGCUCCACAUCCAAGGUAAUAAUGGCCUUCAUGUCACACAUAGAGAUCAAGAUACUAGUGGAGGAGUUAUGCAGGCAGAAAAUUACAGGACUGCAAUGGAUCGGAAGUGAUGCAUGGAUCACAGAUGACUCUCUAGCAUAUAUCCAGGGUCACAAUUUGCUUAUUGGAUCUAUAGGAUUCACUGUUCGUAAUGCUCAGAUCCCCGGACUAGGCCCUUUUCUACAGGAAGUCAACCCUUCUCAAUUUCCUAACAGUGUGUUUCUCAAAGAUUUUUGGGAGCAUGUAUUUGACUGUUCCUUGACUAAGAAUGAAAUAAGGAGAUGUAAUGGCUCUGAGCACUUGGGAAAUGUGCAAAACCCUUUUACUGAUUUAACUGACUUACGGUUCUCUGAUAAUAUCUAUAAAGCUGUAUAUGCAGUGGCUCAUGCAAUGCAUAAUCUGCUCUUAUGUAAGCAAAAUAUAAGCUCCACUGCUAAUGCAAAAUGUGAGCUUAAUCAAUUAAAGCCUUGGCAGGUAUUAAACUCCUUGCAGUCUGUAAAUUUCACCACACACGGAGGUGACAAUGUCUUUUUUGACAACAAUGGAGAUUCACCAGCGAGAUAUGAGCUGAUCAAUCUGCAAAGCAUUAAUAAAGAGAAAAUAAAGGUAGCAACAAUUGGCUACUAUGAUGCUUCUUUGCCUAGAGGUCAGCGAUUCUCAAUGAAUAAUGUUCAAAUAGUUUGGAGAGAAGGAAGUGACAUGGUUCCUGUGUCUGUGUGCAGUGAGAGCUGUCCCCCGGGGACUAGAAAAGCUGUGCAGAAAGGAAGGCCUGUCUGCUGUUUUGACUGUGUUCCAUGCCCGCCAGGAGAAAUAAGUAAUAGAACAGAUUCAAUUGAUUGUCUCAAAUGCCUUGUUGCACAGUGGUCAAAUACAAGAGGAGAUGCUUGCAUUCCAAAAGAAGUUGAAUUCUUGUCAUAUGAUGAAACAAUGGGGAUACUUCUAACAAUGUUCUCUGUAGUUGGGGUAUUUUUAUCAGUGGUAAUUAUGCUUAUUUUCUAUAUCUACAGAAGCACACCAAUUGUCAGAGCCAACAACUCAGAGUUGAGCUUCCUGCUGCUCUUCUCAUUGACUCUGUGUUUUCUUUGUUCACUUACUUUCAUUGGUCGGCCCAGUGAGUGGUCCUGUAUGUUGCGUCACACAGCGUUUGGGAUCACUUUUGUCCUCUGUAUCUCCUGUGUUCUGGGGAAAACAAUUGUGGUGUUAAUGGCCUUCAAGGCAACACUUCCAGGAGAUAAUGUCAUGAAAUGGUUUGGACCCUUGCAGCAAAGACUCUGUGUUCUUGCAAUCACACUCAUACAGGUUCUUAUCUGUGUGCUUUGGUUAACAAUAUCCCCUCCUUUGCCAUAUAUGAACUUCAAUCAUUACAAAGAAAAGAUAAUUCUAGAAUGUAAUUUAGGCUCAGCUAUUGGUUUCUGUGCUGUGUUGGGUUAUAUUGCUCUCCUAGCUGUCCUUUGCUUUGUCUUAGCUUUUCUGGCACGGAAACUGCCUGAUAACUUUAAUGAAGCUAAAUUCAUCACAUUCAGCAUGCUCAUAUUCUGUGCUGUUUGGAUUACAUUUAUCCCAGCAUAUGUCAGUUCCCCUGGCAAGUUCAUUGUAGCUGUGGAGAUAUUUGCCAUUUUGGUCUCCAGUUUUGGUUUACUGUUCUGUAUUUUUCUGCCAAAAUGCUAUGUAAUUUUACUGAAACCUGAAAUGAAUAGUAAAAAGCAUGUUAUGGCAAAGACAUCCCAUGAUAUCCAUUAUUAG